AAAGAGGAACUUGCUGAAUUUUUUAGGGAUGAACUUCGUAUAAUCAUUAAUCCUUUUGAAUUUGUUAUUGUUGAAAAAUUGAAUGCCGUAUUAGAAGUUUUUAAUAACGCAACUCUUACUUUUUCCCAUGUUUACCAACCAACUACAAAUACAUUUUUUAAAGAGUGCAUUACAAUCGCAACAUGUUUUCGUGAAAGUAUGGCUGAUCCAGAUUUAUACCCUUAUGUCUCUCCUAUGAGAAAUAAAUGGUGUACUUAUUAUUUGUACAUUCCUGAUAUUUAUAAAAUAGAGACUCAAUUCAGUGAUAAUCUAAUGGAGGGUCUGAUCAGAAAAUUCUUUGCCACAUCAAAUGAUUUCAUCCACAAUCAGCAACACAUUACACCAGUGGGUUCCCAGAUGGGAUUCUUCAACAACAAUGUCGAAGCCCAGAUGAAGAAAACAGAGGGAGAGGAACAACAGGGGGACUUCCCGGAUGCCACACUCAAGUACAUAAGCCAGAUGCUGAUGGAGGAAGAAGAGCUGGAGACUCAGCGUUGCAUGUUCCGAGACGCCAUGGCUCUCCAUGCCACGGAGAAAUACUUCUCCGCUGUACUCGAUGGCACUGUAGCCAAUAACACGUGUCCGCCUCAGGACGGCUUCUCCUGGACCUGUGCUCUAACAAACUCUUUUUCUUCUUCUUCUUCUGACGAACCUUGCUUUGGUUUGAGUCUUCCGGCCUCGGUGGACGCCAGUGAGGAAAGGCAGGGGAGGGAUCAUUCGCCUCCCAAGGGGAAACGGGAUCACAAUUCGUUUUCUUUGUCGUCUGACAAUAACGGUCCUGCAGGGAUGAUGAUGAGGAACAACAAGCACUUGGCGAGUUUCUGCGACGAACCCGAGACAUUCGAUGACUUCUUUCUCUUUACCAAAUGCAGAGACAAGAAAGAAGAGCCGAGGGAGCAAUCCAAGGGAGGAGGAGGACGAGGGAGACGAGGAAAGAAGAAGAAUAAACAAGAAACAAAAAAGGAGUUUGUGGAUUUCAGAGGCUUGCUGACCCAAUGUGCACAGUCCAUGGGGGACUAUGACAUUGGGACAGCCAGCGAGACUCUGAAGAAGAUCAGGCAGCACGCUACUCCUCAAGGCACUGGCAUGGAAAGGGUGGCCUUCCAUCUUGCAAAUGCGCUUGAGGCGCGCUUGAACGGCAGGGGAACAUCAAUAUACACGUCUCCUCAGGGCAAUGUAUCAGCGGCGGACAUCUUGAGAGCUUUGCAGAUGUAUCUCACCGCAAGCCCUUUUAAGAUGGUCACAAGCAUGAUGGCCAACAGAUGUAUCGCCAAGCUUGCGGGUGGAGGAGCAACCAGGCUGCACGUCAUUGAUUUUGGAAUUUUUUAUGGUUUUCAAUGGCCAUCUCUGAUCCAAGCUCUCUCAACGAUGCCUGGUGGGCCCCCAAGACUUCGUAUUACUGGGAUAGACUUUCCCCAGCCCGGUUUCCGCCCUGCAGAGCGGGUCAAUGCCACCGGGCUUCGGCUCGAAAAGUAUUGCCAGAGAUUCAACGUCCCAUUUGAGUUCAACGCCAUAGCGAAGAAAUGGGACACUAUAGAGCUCGAAGAAUUACAGUUAGAUAGGGAGGAUGACGUGGUAAUUGUCAACUGCUUGGACCGGAUGGGAAACGUGCCUGACGAGACAGUGGUGCCGAACAGCCCGAGGGACAUUGUCCUCAAUCUCAUCAAGAACAUCAAUGCUGAUGUGUUUGUCCAUGGAGUUGUCAACGGGACCUACAACGCCCCGUACUUCGGCAUGCGAUUCCGAGAGACACUCUUUCACUUCUCCUCACUGUUUGACAUGCUUGAGGAGACCGUGCCACACGAAGACAAUGACAGGUGGCUUUUUGAGGGAACGGUGCUAGCUAGAGAAAUGCUGAAUGUGAUAGCUUGUGAAGGAACAGAGAGAGUUGACAGGCCAGAGACGUAUAGGCAAUGGCAGGUUAGAAGCCUUAGAGCUGGGCUCCAGCCACUGCCACUUGAUCAAGAGAUUGUCAAGGGUGUAAGGGAGAAAGUGAAAUCAGAGUACAACAAGAAUUUCACCAUGGAUGAAGAUGGGAACUGGUUGUUGCAAGGAUGGAAAGGGAAGGUGCUUCAUGCUGUCUCUUGUUGGAAGCCUAGUAACUAGCUGGAAUUUCUCUGUUUUAAUCCAAAUUCGUUUGUUCAAGUCAAUAUUAUGAUAGGGUCACAAGUAGGAAUCGCUAACGCUCAAAACGUCCACGUACCCAAGAAACUCGCAGGAGAAUAUAUGAAAGUUGUCCACAUACGCUUAUAGCACAGCACACUAUGACACUAUCAUUACUAAUAAAAGGGAAUGGCAAGA